AAGGGGGCAGCGGUGCGGUUAUUAUCUAGCAGCAUUUGUGUUUUGUUUUCACAAUUCACAAACUUACAUCUCUGUCGAAUACUCCUACGUAUCAUCCAGCUCGACAUAGCCAUUUUCGGUCAUGCAGUGGCCGGCCAAUAUCAUGCAGUACUCGAGCAGGAGAUGGCAAUAUCAUGCAGUUGUUGUUUUUCGUUGUUUUGGUCUCCGGUUGCAACGCCUACUGUGAUUAGAAAUCGGUGGAAAAAGUGGGAAAUUCUCAACGUUUUUGAAUUAUCUCGUGCGAGAUAAGAACAGAACUGCCCUGUCGUCGUCGUUCUCGUUAGGAAAGUAAACCCGAAUAGAGCAAAAAACUUGCUAGAACAGCAGUCAAUAGCAGCAGCGCGAAGAGAUCCAGAACAGGACGGGAGUCAUAGUACGAAAGAGGAUUCUAAACCUUUUACCCACGAAGAACGAUUCUAAAGCAGCAGGCGUUGUAAAACAAUACAUAUAAAAUUCUUCCAUCAAGACGCAACAAUCAUAUCAACAAUCUCAUCACCAAACACUCGAACCGGUGCGACGAAUGAUGAACAUCGAUGUUAACGACGCAUGAUCGAAGGUAGAUGGCACCGCUCCUGUUCAUGCAACUGCACCCGCACCCUGUAGCAGAUCAUCCGGAGCGCCGAUGCAUUCGCCGAUAAUGUUGCGUAAGAUGCCGCUACUGCCUGCCCUGGUGCUGGCGGUGAGCGUUAUCAGCAUCGCCGAGGGCAGCACACACUGGCUGCUCAACACCAACGGGCUAAUAAUACCACAGCUUACCUCGCCGUUCUACUUGCGUCGAUCGUACGAUCUGAUAGCAUUUCUGAACCAAAAUGUGUACAAACAGAAAAUAGAUUUAAUCAUCGGCGAGCUGCUGACGAUCAAGGCGAAUCUCACGCAAAAGAUGAACAAUCUCGACCGUUACACGAGCGAGCUAACAGGCAAGAUCGGCUGCAUACCUGACUACUACCUCGACGAAUCGGACAUCCUCAGCACGAUCGUGAACCCCAGCUACGUUGCCCGCAUCGGCAAGCUGACCGAGAAGGCACCGGUUGGGCUGGAGGAUCUUAUCCCACCAACCGCACCAACGCCCGACAAACAGACGGGGGUGAGCACGAAGCAGCGAAUAAGCGCACAGCAGCAAUCGCAGUCACAACCGCAGCAGCAGCAGCAGCAGCAGCAACACCUGGUAUCUUCGCCGAAGGCACCGCCAGCAUCGCUGCACCUGCCCAAAUGUGCUGAAUUUCUGCCGCUAGAUGUGAGUGUGGCUGCAUUCGAUCACCUCGAGGGAGUGCAGAACCGAUCCCGGCUGCAGAUGGCUCCGGAGGAGGUGCUGAUGGGGCUCGAGUACAACAUCCCCCAGCUGCUGACCGACGGGCUGCGGUGGAAUCCGACCUCCUGGAAGAUGCACACGAUCGCCUCAUACUACUGGCGGCUUAAAGGGAACGCUCCGGAAGCGAUGGAGUGUGCCAGGCGGGCGGUCACGUUUGCACCGCGCGCCUCCAAGGAUAUUGCCCUGCUCAGCCUCGGUACGGUGCUGCAGCGGUCGCAGCAGCUGAACGAUUCGCUCGUGGUACUGCGGGCGGCGGUUGACCACGAGGCGACCGAGCCCGAGAAUCAGCUGGCGCUCGGAAACACCUACAUGCUUCUGUCGGACUUUAACCGCAGCUUCGAGGCGUACCGCGUCACCGAAAAUCUGAGCCGACUCUACUCAAAGCAGAUCGAUUACAUCAAAAAGUCCAUCAACUGUUUCAAGGAUCUCAAAAUCAAUCUUCUUACAAUGGAAAGGUUGCUGCAGGACAUCAUACCCGGGCUAGAGCGAUAUGGUACGCUGCAGAAGGAAUUCGAUGAAUAUCAUGAGAAGCUCGACCGUGAGCAGGCGCCACUCAAGACACGGGUGUUCGACGAGAGCUACAGCAACCAGGUGGACUUUCUGAUACAGCGUAGCCAAAUCUGUACCACGCGGUUGGCGAGGGACAAGGGUGAACCGAUAUUGUCCUGCGAUUUCAUCUCGGAUGUACAGAUGCUGAUGGAGGACUUCGCGGUCGAGAUACUGAACAACUAUGUCGAUCUAAAGCGUGAGCUCAUUAACACCUACAAGAUCAACUCGCUCGGCAUCUACAAGAAGAUCUUCGUCGAGCACUUUUGAGUGGGCGUGAACAACACUUCCUGCUUCCUGCUAAUGGACCGCGACACCCAAGAGUACGGGCGACAAUCUGGCGCUGUGGCCCUUACAAAAGGCACAAGAUGUGGCGGCGCACCGUCUGCUGCAUAGGAAUAAGGGUUAUUUUAUUUUUUCAAAACAAUCAAAAGAAUAAAAUCCGUAAAAAAAUAAUUCUACAUUGGGCGAACAAACGGUUUACUUUCCGCCGGCCCAAAGCCGCAAACUAACCCACACUCACACACAUACACCGGGCUAUUGUUUGGAUUAGGGCCAGGUGCAGAUUG